CAAUUAUACUUUUACUACUUCUUCGGGAAACCCUAGUAAAUCCUGUCUCCGACAUUCACCAAUGGCGAUUAUCUCCGACAUCAACGCCGGCGACGACCAACCCCAACAACAGCAGACUUCUCCGGUCGACCAGUCCCAACAGCAGCAGACCCCUCCAGUUAACCAGCCCGAGCCGGAGGAGGAGAAAAAGGGAGAGAACCAAGAGCCUCCCAAGCCGGAGCGUCUAGCUCCAAACAAAUCCAACGGGCUCGACAUGGAAAACUACACAUGGGGCCAAUCUCUCCAGGAAGUCACCAUUGCCGUCCCCGUUCCUCCGGGAACAAAGUCGCGAUUCGUCGUCUGCGAUGUGAAGAAGGACCGCAUCAAAGUCGGACUGAAAAACUCCCCUCCGAUCCUCGACGGCGAGUUCUUUGGCCUUGUCAAAGCCCAGGACUCUAUCUGGAGUUUGGAGGAUAACGAUAUCUCGAUUUUGCUGACGAAGCAGGACAAAACCAACUGGUGGAAGAGCUUGUUGAAAGGCGGGCCGGAAAUCGAUACCCAGAAAGUUCAGCCGGAGCCGAGCAAGCUUUCCGAUUUGGACAUGGAAACGAGAUCGGCGGUGGAGAAGAUGAUGUUUGAUCAGCGUCAGAAACAGCUAGGGUUGCCGACCAGCGAGGAAAUUCAGAAUCAGGAGCUGAUGAAGAAGUUUAAGGAGCAAUUUCCAAAUAUGGAUUUUUCAGGGUCUAAGAUUUUGGGUGGUCGACAGAAAUAGAAUUUAGUUUUUUUUUUUAAAAAAAAUUUAAGCAGUUAUUUCUAAUGUAGUUUAAUUAGGGUCUUAUUAUCAAUUAAACUAUAAUUAUACAGAUAGGCUUUUGUUAAUUUUGCCAAAUUUGGUCUA